UAUAUACUAUAGGCAUCUACGCGUUAAGCUACGCGGUAAACCUAAACUGCACGUACCUGCCCUGAUUUCAUAUUUAAGUUAUCUCUUUUCUUUCCUCCUUUUUCUUCUUACUUAAUCUCUCCUUCAAAUUUCCUUCCCCUCUUCCUUACUCCUCUUCUGCUUCAUUUCUCCUUCUACUCACUCCUCUCUUCCAUUUUCUUAACAAGUUAAUAACAAUGGAGGAGCAAAAAGAAGAAAAACCCAAAAUGGAGGAUGAGACCAAGCAGUCUCUUCCACCAGACUACCUUGAAAGAGUAUACGCUGGCGUUCUUGGCAAGCUGAUCGGUGUAUACAUGGGUCGACCGUUCGAAGGAUGGACACAUGAGCGUAUCCUCGCUGAGCUGGGACAUGUCCGAUAUUAUGUCAACGAGAAACUCAAGGUACCCCUUGUUGUCACAGACGAUGACAUAUCUGGCACUUUUACAUUCGUACGGGCGCUAGAGGAACAUUACCCUCCUAAGCACAACUGUACUCCAGAACAGGAGAACCACGGCGAAAGCGAAGACAAGAUGGAUAUAACAGAAUCCCCAGAAAUUCCAAGAACCUCUGAAACUGCAGAUACUGCAAGUAUUCGAGGUACUCCAGGUACUCCAGGUACUCCAGGCACUCCGGGAACCUCUGGCACUCCGGAGCUCGCGCAGGAAGACCUUAUUACCGCUGAACAGAUCGGCAAUACAUGGCUUAACAAUAUCAUCAAAAACCGGACAGUCUUCUGGUGGGGUGGCAACGGUGUGUCGACCGAGCACACGGCCUUUCUGAAUCUACGAAAGGGAAUCAAAGCACCGCACAGCGGAUCGAUACAGACGAAUGGCCGUACCAUUGCUGAGCAGAUUGGCGCUCAGAUAUUCAUCGAUGGCUUUGCCAUGACAGCGCCGGGAAAUCCAGCCUUAGCUGCUAAACUCGCAAGAGCGGCGGCCUCAGUAAGCCAUGACGGAGAGGCUGUGUACGCAGCGCAGCUAUGGGCUGCUAUGGAAGCGGAAGCAUUCGUAUCUAAGAACGUGGAUCAUCUACUAGACACCGGACUUAGCUUUAUACCUUCGGACUCGCUCAUAGCCGCACUAAUUCGAGACGUACGUGAGUGGUGCCAGGAUGAUGAGGAUUGGGUGUACACCCGGCAAAGGAUCGAGAAAAAAUACGGAUACGACAAAUUCCCGGGGUCAUGCCAUGUGGUGCCCAAUCAUGGCAUUAUGAUCAUGUCGUUGGUAUAUGGAGGAAGCAACUUUGCCGAAGCCAUGCAUAUCGUGAACACGUCUGGCUGGGAUACGGAUUGCAACUCUGGCAACAUCGGAUGCUUGGUCGCUAUUAUGCAUGGCCUAGCGGCCAUAGAAUACAAACCUGGCGAAGAAAAUAGUUACGAUUGGAGAGGUCCAAUAUUUGACCGCGCUUUGAUCUCAAGCGCUGAUGGUGGCUACUCCAUCAACAAUGCCGCAAAUAUCGCAUACGACAUUGUGAACAUGGGCCGUAAGCUCGUAGGACAAGAUGCUCUCACGUCCCCGAAACAGGGUGCACAGUUCCACUUCAGCUUACCAGGGAGCGUCCAAGGUUUCGCGAGUUUCGCCAGGGAUGGCUUUAGCUGGUCGGAAUCAACUGUUGAUCAAGGAGUUUUCGAGGGUGAGUCGGGUUUAAAAAUCAGCAGGAAUAUUUACGGGACAUCCGGGACAUAUGUCAUGACAGCUACUUUCAUAUCACCAACUAUUGACCAAGUGGAUGGAUACGAGCUGGCGGCCUCGCCUUUAUUAUACCCGGGGCAAGUCAUUAGCGCAUCCGUGCAGCGUGCUACUACACUCACAAAUAAGAAUAUGUUAACGGCGAAAUUAGUGCUGAAAGCAUAUACGCAUAAGGAUGAGCUUGAAACUUUGGAGGGCGAGGAAUGUAGUUACUUGAAUGGGCCUAUGGUCCUGCGGUGGAGAGUUCCGAUAAGCUUGGGCUGCCGACCAGUUCAAGCUGUGGGCCUUUGGGUCAAAUGUUACCAGGACGUAUUGGUAGACUAUCUUCGGUGGGAUGGUGCUCCGGCUCUGGUCCUUGAACCAGGAAAUUCCCGAGACGGCCCGCGAACCUUCUACAAGAGAUCCUUCGUCAAUGGCGCUGAUACAUUCGACAUUUCUAGCGGUACAUUCUUGGUAGCUCAGGAUGAAGGCGAAGGUAUUGUAACCUACGGCACGCGUGAGUGGACAGAUUAUAGGGCUACAUUCAGAGACUUCACUGUGAACCUUGGAGAGCCAGCCGGUGUUGCUGUGCGAGUACGAGGGCUGAACAGAUACUACGCGCUGUUCUUUUAUAAAGGCAACGCCGACACUGGGAAUGUUAGGAAUCGGAUUGCCCUGGUGAAAGCUCGAGACGGAGAGCACAUUGAACUAACCAGUACGGAAUUCGAUUGGAAGCGCGAUGUAUCCUACAGCGUAACUAUGAAGGCGUCAGGCGACCAGCUGUAUGCCCGGAUCGGCAAAACCGAACUAUCAGCACGCGACGACGAGUACUCUGGCGGCGGGAUAGGUAUGGUGGUAACUGACGGCUCGAUAUCAAUAAGAAGUGUCAAGAUCGGCCCAUUAGUAUAGCCUAUCAGGCAGAGAGGAUAAUAAGGCGUACGUUUGACGAAGGGUUUGGUGGUACGGAUAACACCAGUUUAAGAAAAAAAAAAAAUCUACGGCUACUAAGGCAUAGGGUAGGAGGGAACAUCAGAUUGUAUUUUGAUUUCUAGGAUACCACGGAGUGAGCAAAGAAAGAGAUGAUUUAGAGGUAGUCAAUAAGAGA